CGUCUGUUGCAUCUGUGCUGUAAGAAUUGUUGAGCAGAAACGCACGCUGAUUUAUUAUCAUGGCUCAGUUUAAAUAGGCUGCUGGAGAUCUCGCGUGUCUUAUGACAGAAUUCUCUCUUCUAAACACAGCCGGCAGUUUGAAGUCUGAAUUUGUGAUAUUGGAAACAAUCGGGACUCGCUGCCCGCAAACAGUUUGUUGGUCAACUGUCUGACAUUACUUUGGGAUUAAAAUGGUCAUCAAGGUUUACAUCGCCUCCUCAACCGGCUCCGUCGCGGUAAAAAAGCAUCAACAGGCAGUGGUGGGUUUUCUAGAGGCCAAUCGAAUCAGCUUCCAGGAAGUAGACAUCACCAUGCUGGAGGAGCAGAGGCUGUGGAUGUACCGGAACAUCCCCAGAGACAAGCAACCGGAGAAAGGCAACCCGCUGCCUCCACAGAUCUUCAACGAGGAUCGAUACUGUGGGGACUAUGAAGACUUCUUCCAGUCGAAAGAGGACAACACUGUGUUUUCUUUCCUCGGGCUCAGUUCCCAGCCCUCAGUGAAAGAUUCUAAGUCAUAGCCUAGAUCAAACUCUUAAAAUAGAAGGACGGAAACUGCCUCUCUUCCUGUGUUGCUCUACCUCUUCUCCCGUGUUCCUCCUGCUAUGAUGCUAGCAUGUUGCCAAGACCCCGCGGAUUUCACCCUGUAUGACCUCCUGUAUGAACUCUGUAAACUCUCAUUCCUCCAUCACUUAAAUCUCUUAGAAGUGUCUUGAUUCUCAAGAGAGACUUGUUCACAGAACAAGGGGAUCAACGUUAUGAUGGAUGCAUUUGUGUUUUCCUUUCAUGUUUAACACACUGUGACAGCAAGCACUGGCCUUAGCAUAGACUCAGUGCAGACUAGAUGUAGCAGCUUUGGCAUCAUUAGACCAGUUGCUUUACUGAUCAGG